AUGUCGAAUCCUCGUUUCACCUUCGCAGAAGGCCAGCCGGUCUCUGACCCUUCCACCAGCAUCACCUUGCCUACUUUGGGUGGUGGUGGCAUUACAACUCUGGGCGAUACACUUCUCAUUGAGACUUUGACUCAUUUCAACAGAGAGCGCAUUCCUGAGAGAGUUGUCCAUGCUAAGGCUGCAGGCGCCUGGGGCGAGUUCGAAGUAACUAAUGAUGUUUCUUCUCUCACUUCGGCCAAGUUCUUGAAUGGAAUCGGCAAGAAGACUCCAGUUCUGUUCCGCCUUAGUACAACCGGCGGCGAGAAGGGUAGUGCAGAUACUGUCCGGGAUGUACGAGGUUUCUCUGUCAAGUUCUUCACCGAGGAAGGAAACCAUGACAUUGUGGGAAACCAUAUUCCGGUCUUCUUUGUUCGCGACCCCAUUCGCUUCCCCUCCCUGAACAGGAGUCACAAGAGACAUCCUUCAACUAACCGUCCCGAUUGGACAAUGUUCUGGGACUUCCACGUGAACCAACCCGAAAGUGUUCAUGCUUUGAUGCAUCUCUUCGGGUCCCGAGGCAUCCCUGAUUCGAUUCGUCGGGUCACUGGCUUUGGUGUGCAUACUUUCAAGAUGGUCACUGCUGAUGGUCGAUUCCGCUAUUGCAAAUUCCACUUCCGGCCCGUUGACAACAUCACCCAUUUCUCGAAAGAAGAGGCCACUCGCAUGGCCGGUGUGAAUCCCGACUUCCAUAACGAGGAUUUGUGGGGUGCCAUCUCUCGCAAACAGUACCCUGUCUGGAAGCUCUAUGUUCAGGUCAUGGAACCCGAACAGGCUGUGAACUAUGGUCGUGGUCUUUUUGACAUCACCAAAGUCUGGUCUCAUAAGGAGUUCCCGCUGAUCGAGGUUGGCAAGAUGACUCUUAACAAGAAUCCCGAGAACUAUUUUGCCGAAAUUGAGCAAGCAGCAUUCUCACCUUCGAAUAUGGUACCCGGCAUUGCGAUGACUCCCGAUCCUAUGUUGCAAGCUCGUAUGUUCGCUUACCCUGACGCCCAGCGGUACCGUCUGGGAGUCAACUACACCCAACUCCCAUCCAACCGCGCCGUCUGCCCUGUCUACGCUCCAUAUGAGAGAGACGGCAUGAGCGUCCACACUCGCAACUAUGGCGGCGAUCCCAACUACGUGCGUAGUACCUUGAGCCCCGGUAUUCCCAGCCAGGUGACUUCAGAUGUGCGACACACCGAGCCCAUUGAACGCUUUGCUGUCUUGGGCCAAAACGAGAUUGCAGUUGAUGAUGAGGACUAUGUGCAGCCUCGAGAGCUAUGGAAUAGAGUUUUUGAUGAGAAUGAGAGGAAGCAAUGGGUUGAGAAUGUGUCGGAGACUUUGGAGGCUGUCCCUGCUGAGUUGAGACAGGCUGUUAUUGCGAUGUUUAGCAAGGUCGACUCCCGUAUUGGACAGUUGAUGACGGCUAAGGGUAAGGAGAUUUCGCAUCUUUGA